UUGACUGAGUCAAUGUUUCCCUUAUCCAUGCUUUACUUGUAUGGAGUUUCCAAAUUUUAAUCUUCUUUUACCGUCUUGAUUCUCGGUUUGAGCAUUUUCAUAGAGUGAUAUCAUGGUCUAUACUGAGUCCAAAUUUUCACAUCUUUCAUACUCUACCGUUGGUCAUGGUAGGACGGAUUCCCCAACAUUCAUCGAUGAUGCUUUCACUCCUGUAUCCGGAAUUGGAGUUGCCAUUCCCUAUCCCGUUCUACAACGAACAUUCCUAUUAGACCCCACGCCACCACCAAGUCCACUGUAUCAAAAAUUCAAAUAUCCCUCAUCUGCCUCUUCAACGACAAUACAGGGACAACAAGACCUUAUAACGUUUGAUAAACUUCCAGAAUGGAGUCAGGAUAAUCCCCAUAUCCACUCCGGGUAUCGACAAAUAUCUCAUUCUACCUCCACCUGUUUACAUUCCUGUUUCCAAAUCCAUAAUGAAACUUUCAAUAUAUGGUCUCAUUUCAUUCCUUGUAUCUUAUUCAUUAUCCUCGAAGGAAUCAUUAUGUAUUAUCUCAAUACACGCUAUCCUAGUGCUACGAUCAAAGAUCAUAUCAUCUUCUCAUUUUUCAUUCUCUGCGCAACGAUAUGUUUAGGCAUCUCGGCAAUUUUCCAUUCCCUUAUUUCACAUUCUCAAAAAGGCCGCGAUCUGUGGUUAAAACUCGAUUAUGUGGGGAUUGUCUUUCUCAUCAUUGGAUGCUUUCUUUCAGCUGUAUAUAUGUCUUUCUUCUGUCAACAAACUUUACAAUAUGCUUAUUGUGGAACGAUUUUAGCAAUGUCAAGCACGGCAUUAGUUUUUCUCCUCCUACCCGCGUUUCAAGUAGCUUUCUGUGCAACAGCAGUUUCGGUUCUCAUUCCUUUCAUCCAUGCACUGGCUCAGUCUGGAUGGGACCAGGCGAUGGGGCAAUCGGGUAUGCCGUAUUAUUUCGCAGAAGCAUUAUUGCUUUUGGUCGGUGUUUUUUGUUUUGCUAAACGAUGGCCAGAAUCGUGGAUUCCAGGUAGCUUUGAUCUAUUGGGUAACUCGCAUCAGAUAUUUCAUCUGCUGGUUGUGUUGGCCAUGGUGUUGCAUUUGGUGGGACUUUUACAGGUGUUUGAUUAUAAUUAUGCGAAAGGGGAAUGCAGAGGAAUUAUUUCAUAGGAUGGGUUUGAUAUAUAUGAAGUUAUGAAAUGGUGGGGAAGGAGAGGGGUUGUAUCAUAAGGUUGUACGAUAUGUAUGGAGCUGUGAAAUGGUUGGGAAAUGGGAAAGGGAUGUAUAAAUUGGAGCGACGGGUUUGGACUGUGGGUUUCACAUCAGGAAUUUAUGAUGGUGAUGUUGAGACGAAUUUAUGAUGAAUGGGAUGAAUAGGAUGAAUAGGAUGAAUAGGACGAAUUGGGAUAUAGAUUUGGGUAUGGAUUGAUAUACAUUGGAUUGGAUUGGAUUGGAAAAGACCAACUAAGGAUCAUCUACCCUCGAGGGAUAUUCUGUGUGAUUAACGAGGGUCGAAGAUGAAAGGAGUCAAGAAUGAGGCUGAGAAUGAGGAAGUUAUUGUAGACUUUGAGCUCAAUUCAGAGGCUGCAAUGAACACAGCCAAACAAGCAACCAGUAGUCCUCUCAAA